AUGGUGGUAAAUAAAUGUUAUUCACUUUAUACCCAAAAACACUCAUGAUUUUCACAUAAAAAACACACACACAAAAUCAAAGCGGCAAGGACCGAAUAGACACCCAUUACCCAUGCUGAGUAAAAAGAGUGACCCUACUGGAGAUGAUAGCUCUACCGUAAUUGUGCAGGCGGAAAAUGGUUUUGGGAAUAAAACCGGAGCGCCACCACCCAUUGGCUGGAACAUUAGGGACAGUGGACAGCUACGGAACAACGAAAUACCAGGCUACCUGACCGAAAUCCACCUCAGUCACAGGCAGAUCACCAAUCGCUUUGUAGAGCUACUCAAUUUGUUCGAAGAUUACACCAAAGUCCUGGACAGUGAGCAUGAGAAUCAUGCUGGCGGUUCUACUCGGCUAAAACGAGUCCUUUCCGAACAGCUUGCCUUGAAGAAAGAGGAUGAAAAUGUGGAGCUUAGAGCAUCGAGUGCCACGCAGUUGUCGGACUCCACACUCAAGCCCACCUGUGAGGUGAGCAGCCAGACAUCCUGGAGUGCAGUGAAUCAAAAGCAGGCCGACACCAAGGAUUUGGAGGCAAAACUGGCGGCCGUGGGAGGAGAAAGUGCUGGUCCGGAGAGGGAGAAGCCGAGCAAAGUGCUGCAGCACACGAUCCACAUCGAGGUGGAGUCGGUGACAUCGGCCACGGAUAUGCAAAGGGCACCCCUGGGUCAAAGGAUGUGGCAUGUCCUGGUGCAGACGGGCGAUGCGAUUGCCGCCUGCGCAUCCCUGAUCUUUGAGAAUUUCAUCUAUUUCCUGUUCAUUGUCCUGUGCCUGUGGUGCCUUUUCUUGUUGAUCUGCCACUAUUACAGCUUCUUGCAGACCAAUGUCAACCAGCAGACAGAAUUAAAGCGCGAUUCGGUAAAAGGGGCCCAGGCCAAACAGUUGUGA